GCCCCGGGGCAAGGAGCGCCAGAAGAGCGGUGUCCACCAGCCUCACCAGGCGGGAGCAGGUGACGUGGUGCUGCUGCAGCGGGAGCUGGCCCAGGAGGACAGCCUUAACAAGCUGGCUCUGCAGUAUGGCUGCAAACAUUCAGAGUGAUUAACAAUGGCAAAGUAAGUAGGAAAGUAUUUCUAGAAUUGCUGCAUUUUCUCCUAGAUUGUAACUAUUUCACUUUGCUAACACCGUGCUAAAAAUUUCUAUGGCCUUCUCUAAGGGUAUGUAAGCUACUUAAUUUAAAAAAUCUGUUUCUCCUACAAAUGUCUUAUCUAACAAGGUCCAAAUGUCUAAAACAUGUUGUGUGGGGUGUUGUGGUCUUUCAGGGAAAUAAACAGGUUGGUCUCUGGGGACACAUAGUGGUCUUUAACUUGUACUGACAUUUAUAUUUGGCUCCGAUAAGCAGCUUCUGCAGGCAUACCGUGUGGCUUACAGAACACGGGCUUAAAAAUGAAGCCUGUCCCACAAAGACUGGAAUGGAGUAGGCUUCUUGGUAUGGUGAUGUCUAAAUCUGUAAAGAAUAUAUAAAGCCUUUGAUAAGUGAUCAGUUUUCCUAUUUGAAGAAAAUAAAUUUGCUCUUAAUGUAUUAAAGGCAGAGACAGAAAGACCUCAAGGGUCUCAUGCAUUAGAUUCAGGACACAGUAAAUUAAAAAUGUCCCCUACCCCAAUUCAGUGACAAUGACAGCAGUUGCCGAAUAAUGGAAAUGAUUGAUUUGAACGAGAGCUGUUGGCUGUAUUUGCUUUCUAGUUUAAGUGGACUUAAGUGUUAAAAGGUUAGAGUUCAUCUCUGAUGCUUUUGGAAAGUUUUCAGACGUUAGUGUGAGGGAGGGGUUACCCUUUGACUUACAUUUCCCCCUGCUUCUUAAAUCUUCGUGUUUGAUUAUGAGAGGACUUUGUCAUGAACUUUGUUACUUGAUAAAACUCGCAGCAUUCUUCCUUCAGCAUUCUUCCUUUUUCCUGACAGUUCAGUACAGUAACUGUAAGUCACUUUUAUUUAACAAGUUUAUAUGCCCCACAGUGUUUCUGGGGAAGAAAAUGCCGAGGGCAUCUGUCUCAACUUUAUUACAGGUUGCAGAUAUCAAGAAAGUCAACAACUUCAUCAGAGAACAAGACUUAUAUGCUUUGAAAUCUAUUAAGAUUCCAGUGAAAAACCAUGGGAUCCUAACAGAGACCCACCAAGAACUAAAACCCCUUCUGAGCCCAUCUUCUGAGACCACAGUGACUGUGGAACUGCCAGAUGCAGACAGAGCAGGCGCAGACACCGAUGCCCAGGCCAGCCAACUGAUGGAUUUCUUUAAGGGGAUUGACCAGAAUAUUGAGCGUGCUGUGCAGUCAGAAAUCUUUUUACAUGAAAGUUACUGCAUAGACACCUCCCAUCAGCCACUGCUCCCGGCACCUCCGAAGACGCCAAUGGAUGGUGCAGAUUGUGGCAUUCAGUGGUGGAAUGCUGUUUUCAUCAUGCUUCUAAUUGGUAUUGUCUUGCCUAUCUUUUAUUUGGUCUAUUUUAAAAUACAAGCUAGUGGUGAGACCCCUGAUAGCUUGAACACAACUGUCAUCCCCAAUGGCUCGAUGGCAAUGGGUACAGUUCCAGGGCAAGCCCCCAGACUAGCAGUGGCAGUGCCAACCGUCACUUCUGCAGACAGCCAGUUCAGUCAGACCACCCAGGCAGGGAACUAAGCUUUGUUUUUAAAGAAUCAGCCCAGCUUUAGCAAUUGGCUGUUGAUGUGCCUCAGCUGUCAUUGGCGAUGUCCUAGGGGUGCUGCAUUUUGCUUCCGGGGAAGGAUGGACACUUUUCAGAAGUCACUGCAGUACUCUCAAUUGCACUGGCCUGGGCAUGCCCUUACCCAGUCUAAGCCGGCAGGAUCUAAAACAGCAGCGACCUCGGCCUCUAUCCAGAGAGGUGCAGCAAGAGAGCCAUUUCCGUGUGACAUUUAGUGGACUGGCCAGUUCAUAGCAGCACUGUGUGGACCCCCAAGUUGGACGUGCUCGGAGGGAAAGAAAUGGCCUCUGUCAAGGGACCUGCAGUGUGAGAGCCAGUGGCAUCUGCACGGGUCGCCUGGCUCUCACUGUAUCCUCACUGCUGUGGAGCAGGGAUUGGCUCUGAGAAGGAGUGUUCUCUGUCUCCCUGGCAAAGGUGCUGUGGAAUGGUCUUGGCAUGCCACCCUGUUUUAGAGAGUGAUAGUUACAGUUGUAACAAGCCUACUUCAUAUUGGCCCCCUCAGUUAGCCUUUUUGAGGCAAUGCCAUUUCUAGAGUUGAAAAAGCCCUGGACCCAAACUGCUGCACUGUUGAAUAAAGGGCAGUCCUGCUCCUGUCCUUUUAGAGCUGCUUAGUGUGACACACAGGCUGUGCCCAGUUCCGCAGGAGCCGUCCCACAGUGUGGCUCUCUGGAUUCUCCCACUUGUCCUCCUUGGAAGGAGCUCUUGCUGGCCAGUGUUUGGAGGGGAGGAUGAGUGCCUGUCACUGAGGCUCCACCAUGGUUGGCGUCUGAAGCUGGGCAGUCAUCAGGCCUGUGCUGAGAGCCGCAGCCCCUGUGCACACCUAACACAGGGCGCUCCCCCUGCUGCUUCCCUGGCUCAGUUCUUCGGAGCUCCAGAGUGAGAAGGCCGCUUAGUCCUUUUUCUCUGGGUGAUGCCCUUAGAAUAACGCUAUAUACAAUGUAACCCACAAUGUUCCAGGACCAAAGGCUUGAUGGAGGGGCUAGAGGCGACCCUUGUUGUAAAAGGCGAUCAGAACACCUGAGGGAGGAAGGAGCUUGCAGUUUUCCCAGCCCUUCUCGCUGCCAAGGCAGCAGUGGUGCUGUGGAUGGGCUGGGGACUGCUGGGCAGAGCCUGCUACUGCUUGGGAGUUGGUGCUGCCCUGUGGCAUGGAGGGGUGGGAGGGGCUGAGGUGGCUGCUGGCCUGGCCUCCAAGAGUUCUGGACAGGAGGCAGACGCUGCCCAGAUGCUGGGUGGAGGGACAGUGAUGGCCUUUGACGCGUGAGGCCUGGGGAACAGUUUCAAAGGUCUCACCAAGUAAGAGUGAUUUCCAGUUUCUCUUCUUUCAGUUGUGUGAAAAAACUGGCCUGGGUUCCAUUAGCAAAUUGAAUCAUCUUCAGUCUUAAAUUAGCGACCAGAACGAUCUUCAGGAUAAAAAGAACUUCUGAAUCUCUGCAAUAGGAAAUGUUUUGAUUAUGCAAGUGCUUUUCCAGCCAAAUGUCUGUGCUGUCUGUGUCACUGAGGGCCACAGGUUCCUCUAACAUCUGUCACUGUCACUUCAGGCAGGCCUUGGAGUUCCAUGACAAAAUCACUUUUGUCAGACAAAGAAUGUAUCCUUUACUUUUCUCAAAUGGAAUAAAAUCAUUUCUUCUGUGAAGGAAAA